UUCGGAGGCGAAUGUCAAAAAGCACGCACGCAAGGAAAAAGUGAGACAAGUAGUGUCUAACAAAAGAGCAAAACACUGUUUUCGUAGGUCUGUUGAAAGUCGACAUAGUUUGGUGUGAGAGCCGUCGUACGAAAGCGACGGUCGAUACUUCUUCCACAACGCCGCGGCCAUUUUGUUAGAAGUGUGCUUCAUUGGAGUCGAUCGGGAGUUUGAAUCAUCCGGAAUUCGUAUGAUUUUCGGUGUAAAGACGGCUGCAACGAUUUGAAACUACUGCUAAACUCGUGACUGGAACUCGCCGUACGGAUUUAGCCAACCCAGUACAAUGGAGGAUAAGGCGACGUUAAAAGAUUUGGACCAAUGGAUCGAACAACUGAACGAGUGCAAACAAUUAACCGAAUCGCAAGUGAAAACUUUGUGUGAUAAGGCGAAGGAAAUUCUUUCGAAGGAAUCAAACGUUCAGGAAGUAAAAUGCCCGGUUACAGUGUGUGGCGACGUGCACGGACAGUUCCACGAUCUGAUGGAGCUGUUUCGGAUAGGUGGACGGUCGCCGGACACGAACUACCUAUUCAUGGGUGAUUACGUUGAUCGUGGGUAUUAUUCGGUAGAAACCGUAACGCUGUUGGUAGCAUUGAAGGUUCGAUACCGUGAGAGAAUCACGAUCCUGCGUGGCAACCACGAGUCGCGACAAAUCACGCAGGUGUACGGUUUCUACGACGAGUGUCUGCGAAAGUACGGCAAUCCAAAUGUAUGGAAGUUUUUUACGGACUUGUUCGACUACUUACCACUGACGGCUCUGGUCGAUGGUCAAAUAUUCUGCCUACACGGUGGACUGAGCCCAUCGAUCGACACACUCGAUCACAUCCGGGCGCUGGAUAGACUUCAGGAGGUGCCACAUGAAGGUCCGAUGUGCGAUCUGCUCUGGUCGGAUCCCGAUGAUCGGGGUGGCUGGGGCAUAUCGCCACGAGGCGCUGGAUAUACAUUCGGACAGGAUAUUUCAGAACUGUUCAAUCACACAAACGGUCUGACACUAGUAUCUAGAGCACAUCAAUUGGUAAUGGAAGGGUACAACUGGUGCCACGACCGCAACGUUGUCACAAUUUUCUCUGCACCGAACUAUUGUUACCGUUGUGGCAAUCAGGCUGCAUUAAUGGAGUUAGACGAUGCCCUUAAAUUUUCAUUCCUACAAUUUGAUCCAGCUCCGCGCCGUGGUGAACCGCACGUGACCAGAAGAACACCAGAUUACUUCCUUUAAGAAGAAUAUCAUUUGAACGGCAAAAAAAACGGAGCGCCAUCAAGCGGCAGCGAAACGGUGAAAAGAAAGAACACACUAAGAACGUAAAACACUGGGGAGACACAAACAAAAAACUAGAAACACCCGUAAAUCAAGUAAAACCAAGAAAUUUAUGCUCGAUAAUGAAUAUAUAAGUAAUAAAAUAGAGGAAAAAAUUAUUUAACAAGGCAUGAGUAAGAAGCAUUGACACACACACACAAACACGUACAGAGAGCAAGCAGACCUAUCAACCGAUUCAAAGCUGCAAGAUAAACAAUUACCGGCGCGAAAGGAUAGCUAGCAAGGCUUAUCAACUAAUAUCAACAGCAGAACGGAUGCUCAAAGCGAAAGCGAAAGCGGUUCUUGGGGCGGAGCAAAGAAACUGAAAUUAACAGUCGCUUAGUGCGAGGAGGAGGGAUGAGGACAGAGACAGUAACCACAAAUCUUCCCGCAAUUCCCGCAGUUCGUUCGAUUCACAAUGGUCCCACCCGCGGCGAGGUUCAGAUAUUUGGAAUCAUGCUAAAAGCAUACACAGUUUUACGAACAUGUGGGUGCCGCACUAAAGGCGAAGAACAUUCAGUGGUAAGUGUAUUUUUGUUUCAUUAACAAAUACCAACACAUGUCUUCUAAAUGAAUCAAAUAAAUGCCACUGAAAUACAAAGCAUCAUACGAGGGAAGUCGACAGGAACAGGAGUAGAAAUAGUAUUUUAUAAAACCGAUUGUACUAUUUGCGCUGCCUAGCAUACGUCAAAGGAUGGCAAACAUAUUAUUCCGUCGGAUAGCGAGAUGAUCAUGUGGUGGAACGAAAGAAAAUAGCACUUUAAAAGGAAUAAGGAAAAUACAAGAAUAGGAGAUGCCUUUACGUUGUUCUGUGUUUUUUGUGUAACCACGUGGUUGCCGCGCGGCUCUCCGGGCUGCCACCGAUUACUGUCCUUGCCGUUCGAC